UCCGUUCCGAGCACGAUUUCCAUUCGCUGCGACCUUAAUUAUUUGUUUUCGUUUUUCAAUCUCUUCUAUCGCAAUGAACCAGCUGAGCGGAAAGUUUGUGAACGUGGUGCUGGCUAUCGAGGAGGGCAGAGGGAUGGACUUUUUGAAGUACCCCGUCAGCAUUGUAGCCAAUUUUAAUGGGCGGGUGCUCGAAUCGGACAAGGUGGACGGCCAGGAAAGUCCGUCGUUCAACACCGAAUUGGUAUGGGAGGUCGAAAAACGUGACUUGCGCAAAAUACGAACUGCCAAUCAGCCGUUGAGGUUGGAAUGUUUGACCUGCGAUCAAAUGAACAGGAAGGAGCGCGUGGGAUUCAGCUUGCUGAGUCUGCGCAGCGCAAAGAUAAUCCCGUUAAAGGAUGUCAAAUCCCCGGUACCGUUCUACUGGCAAAAACUUAUCGGCUGUCAGUUCGACAAGAAGAGUUGCCAUCCGGAACUUUACAUCUCCCUGACCAUCAGAGACCAUUUGUUACCAUCAGGCACAGAAGUCGAAACUAAUGAUUACAUGCCAUAUAUUUCUGAGGAGGAGAAUGACAGUGCUGAUGAGUUGGUGGACAGAAGUGUUCCGGUUCAGUAUUUGGACGACGGGUACAUACAAAUUGGGGAGGAUCACGUAGCCAUGCAGCCUUACACUUUCAAUAUGUUUGUGGCGAAGGCCAUUAACUUGGACACAUUGUUGCCGGAAGUCCUUGUCUUCAGGUCAAACCGUGAGAGAUAUUACAUGUCAUUUAAAAUAUUUGGUAUCACUAUUAAAACCAAACCAUUCUUUCACGAACUACACGAGGAUAUAUUCUUGAACGAGAAAAUUGUCGUUAGAUUAUUGUCGUCAUUAGACAUUCUGAAGAAAUUUUUCGAAAUACAACCAAUAACAAUAAAUUUCUUCUAUGGAAGAGACAAAUUGGGACUAACCACUAUUGAUUUGAAAUCUUUGCUUCCGCCAGAUUUAACUAACAAUUUCCCCGACGACAUGAUAAAAAUGCAAAACCAAUACUACUUCAAGUUUCCUUCCGUAAACGGUAUCGUGCCAAAGGAUGACAAACAAAGAAGUCCAUUUAUAGAUAUAGAAACAAGUUUAAGGGAGUCGAACGAAAAACGUCCAAUAACAGGUCGAGGUGAAGGGGAUCAAAAAAUGGGUUUCGCGGAAAAAGUACCAAAAACAUUUUCCCCAACUGGUAAAGGUCAAUACGUCGCUACUGCUAAGUCAGUUCAAAGCUUGCCAAAAGAGUCUAACGUAACGGUAACUCCUAAGUCAUCGCAACAACUAUCUACUUCUGAGACAUUGGACAUGUACAAGAAGUUUUCACUGGAGGCUACUGUUAAAAGUAUUGUGUGGAAAAAGGAUGUUGGUACCAGAUUCAUAUUUAAAUUUAUACAUCCAACAGCGCAAACUUUUAUAACCGUUUUUAUAGAGAUUGAUAACACAACUAAUGAAGAAAUAGGUUUGACCAACUUGUUGGUAAAAAUGCCUUACAUUUCAACCGACAGACACAUACAAACACUAAUCCAAGCCUGGCGCCCAAAAUUCUGCAUACUGAAUGAAGAAGAAGAUCCAAUCACAGAAGAAUAUUCAUUUAAUACUGAACUAAACAAUUCCGACUACGUAAGUAGUACACUUAAUCUGGAAUCGGCAACCGGCACGGAAAUAAUCGCAGAGGUUACGAUUAGUGCAGCGCUAUUAGAGUUUGACAUCGAAGACAUCGGCGAUUCGGACUUAGUGAUGAAUCCUCCAGUUUUGGACGAGAUAAUUUUCAUUAAAGAACUAGGUGAUUUGCAAAAGUGGAAGCUUCAGGAACGUGAAAGGUUUGAACAGGCGUUAGAAGAGCUGGAAGUUAAAGAGAUGAAAUCGAAACAGGAGGAAUUCGAAGCCAAGAAAGUACAGAUGCAGUCGCAACUGAACAUACAAAUGAACAAGUGUAGGAAAUUACAGGAUGAACUAACACGAAAACUGGAACGAUUGAAGACCGACAAGGCUUUGCACAACAAACGGAACAGAUCACACAUUUAUGAGAGCAUCUUGAAGGAUAAUAUGAAGAAGUAUAGCGGUUGCGAAUCACAAAUUAUUAUCGAACAGUUGAGCAAGAUGGAACGGGACAAUCAUCAUUUGAAGGAACUCAUUGAGGAGAACAAAGCUAAACUGGACGAGGUGGAGAAGAGUACUUUAACGAAGGAACAGACGCAGAAUCUGUUGCAGGAACUGAAAGGACUAGAACAGAAAUUCGCCGAGGCGCAAGACGCCAAGAAAUACUUCAAGGAGCAAUGGAAGAAGGCAUGCGAUGAGAUACACGAAUUGAGAACGGACGACAUGAAACAUAUACAGGAAAAUAUCGUGCACAACAAGAAGGCCUUAAGUCAACUUAGCCUUGACGGAUAUUCGAGCACCAGUUUGGGCUCUCACCGAGAUAUUAACACUUCCAGAAGCUAUAUGUGACUUUUACACACAUUCUAUUGCAUUUUAUAUAAUAUUUACUGCCUCUUUUAAAUUUAUUUUGUAAUUUUUGUAAUACAUCGUUUGUCACUGUGCCUAUAUAUGACAUUAUAUUAUUUACAUUAA